AUGGUCUUUACUGACUCUAUGGGCUCAGCCCAUAGAGCGGUUGACCCUUCCGUGCAUUCUGGUCGGGCUUUUAGCUUGUCAGUCUGUUGCGCUCUCCAAGAGUGGUUCGAAGCGGAUGACCUCCGCCACAUCACCUUCGUCUAUGUUCCGUCCGCGCUGCGAUGGGAUAUCCAUGGUGAGGCACACAAGUACGUCACCAAGCUUAAAGUCAGGGUUGGACGUCGCAAGACGGACAACUCUAUAGACGUGCUACGCUCCCGAGCCGCGCACUCAGUCCUGGAUUCGUGGAGUUCCACUUUCCAGGAUCCAACCUACCGAGGCUCUGAAUUCUUAGAGCUUCAACAGCCUGACGGGCAGCCGAUCCAGCCAUCCUACCUCAAUGGGGGACCUUCGCUUUCAACUUUCGGACACAGUAUCAUUGAGUUCGCUCACGUUUGCCGGUGUAUAACUGGCCACGUGCCCAUUGGAGCGUACUACUGUCGCUUCAAGAUCAAUGAGCCUCACAGCUGCACUUGCGGGGCUGCUUUGCAGUCCCGUCAGCACGUCCUCUUUCGCUGCCGUGAUAGAUAUUCUGUACACUAUCCCGUUUUCUCGGGGAUAUUGCAUCGUUUAUGA